AUUCGCAAUUUCGCACCAUCCUAUGGAAAAAGGGGGGAAAACAAUUCGCACCGCCGCGCCCAAUGAUUAAAGACCCGACAAAAAAAAAAUCUUUUUUCCCCUCAUCGUCUUCUUCUCUUCUCUUCCACUCUCCUCUCCCAAAUCAAUUCGCAGUUUCGCACCAUCCUCUGAAAAAAAGGGGGGAACAACAAUUCGCACCGCCGCGUCCAAGAAAAAGUUGGGCGGAAGAUGACAUUGGGCAUGAUCAACGCGAACCCGGUGGUGCACGAGCGGCCGGAGCGCGCCGCUCACCACCACGCCGCCCAUGCGCUCGAUGCGCUCGACGUCUUCGAUACGGUGCGGGACAUCAAGGACCCGGAGCACCCGUACUCGCUGGAGCAGCUCAGCGUGCUCUCGCAGGAAUCCGUCUCCGUCGACGAGAAGCUCGGGCGCAUCCAGAUAACCUUCACUCCAACUGUUCAGCACUGUAGUAUGGCCACAGUCAUUGGUCUGUGUCUCCGACUUAAGUUGAUGCAGAACUUCCCUCCGCAUUUCAAGGUUGACAUUAAAGUUGCUCCAGGAUCUCUUGCUAAUGAAGAAUCAGUAAACAAACAACUGAAUGACAAGGAGAGAGUUGCAGCAGCCUUGGAGAACCCCAACCUGCGCCAGUUGGUUGAUGAGUGCCUAUGCUCCAAUGAUCAUUGAUCCAUUUUCACAUUAACUUGUCCAUGCUGCCUCACAACCUGCAUGUUGUACAGUAAUAAUCAUGCAUGUUGUGCUUUGCCCUGUAUGAUGACAUUAUGUUGUAUCAGGUCGUGUAUAAUCAACUACCCUGAGCCAUU